GCUAUGCAUAGAUAUUGAACGAUUUUAAAUCUUCUUUGGGACUCACAUUCAGACGUGUAAAGACGCACAAGGUCAUUAUAUACAGACAAAUUUAUUCUUGCGGUGUAAAUUUUUAAGCUUGCGCAAGAUGAACAAAGCCAGUCUAACAGAGGGAAUCACGAUAGACAUACUGUCAAAAACCAAAAGAGAACAAAAGGCAAGUGUUAUAAAUACUCCAAAUGAUGUGAUGAUUGGGAAGCAAGUAAUAGUUAUAGGGGGAGGUUCAUACAGAUCUUGGAGCAAAUGGCCGGAAGCGGCAAGUUAUGGCAUUAAGGUCAUUCUUGUGGACAUCGAAGACAAUCAUCCAUCAAGAGAUAUUGUCUGUUGUUACAUAUGUUACGAUUUUUCUCAUCACACGAUGGACCAUGCGCAUGCGUGCAAAAUCGUUCAACUCAUACAAGAUCAAGGAAUCGUGGCAGAUGGUUGUCUCACAUUUUACGACGAGUGUACACCUUUAACAGCCUUAAUAUGUGACCAAUUAGGAUUGAAAGGGAUGAGUUACAAAGCCGCGAUGAUCGCCAAUUCAAAAACGGAAACGCACCACAUUUUGGGUCUAUAUGUUGACAAGUAUCAGACCAAGGCUUUUCUACAAAAUCUUAUCAUCUCACUAAAGAAGAAGACUGCAAGUUGUUGCCACAAAGCUUUAAGUUUCCUGCAAUACUGAAGUUAGACAAUGGAGCAUCAGCUAUCGGUACCUGUAUUGUUGAAAGCAGAGCUGCCAUGAAAAGUAAAUUCCAACAGAUUACGAGCACUCUUCGUAAUGAUUCCGACUUUCAAGGCAUUGGUUUAUGCUUUGGCAACUCAUUGACAACAAUGGAGUUCCACUGUGGCACAGAGCAUAAUAUUGGCCUUUUUGUAUAUGAUGGAAAGCUUAUUUGCGCAUUUAUCUCUGAUAGUGGUGUUGUCAGGCGGCCUUACUUUAUUGCAACUGCAAAGCGUAUUCCAACAUUCCUAUGUGCUGAGCAACAAACGAUGCUUAUAGAUGCCGCUUUUCGAUGCUGUCUAGCAAUAGGUCUAAAAGAUGGCACCUUCAAUGUGGAUAUGAUGCUUACAGACUAUGGACCUAAGGUUUUAGAAAUAAAUACAAGAACAAGUGGGUAUGUAUUAACCAACUGGCUAAAGAAGUUAUAUGGAGUGGAUAUCAUGCUAUAUUCAAUGAUGAUUGCCUGUAGUAUUAAACCUAAAGUUCCAGAUCUGUGUUGCAAA